GGUCUACGGACCGGAUCUUGAUAUCCCCUGUAAGUUACCUCCCAGAUUACUGUGAGAGGAGAGAUUUUUCACCCGCCCAAAUUUUCUGUAUUAUUCAAUUUUCUUAAUAAAAAACCUAAUAAUCGGAUCGGAUCUUUGUUCAAUUCAAUCACUUCAGACCCCAUAUGUGAAUAAUUUCACAGUUUCACAAACAAAGAAUAAGUAAAAAAUGGAUGCGGUGUCGAUCCGGGUGCCGUAUAAGAAUUUGAGGCAAGAAGUAGAAUUGGUGGGCGUGGAUGAAUCGGAACUGCGUCGCUUACAGACCCAUUCGUUUAAUUCCUCAUCGUCACCGUCCAGGAUAUCCGACAGCGGAGAGACGCCACCGGAUUCAAAUCAGAGCCGGAAUGUUGAGCCUCCGAAGAAUUGUAGCUUGAUUACGUUGAUCUUGAGUUGUACGGUCGCUGCUGGAGUUCAAUUUGGCUGGGCAUUGCAGCUCUCCCUUCUCACUCCUUACAUUCAGACACUUGGUAUAGGACAUGCAUUUGCUUCAUUUAUCUGGCUUUGUGGUCCCAUAACAGGCCUUGUGGUUCAACCUUUUGUUGGCAUAUGGAGUGAUAAGUGCUCUUCAAAAUAUGGUAGAAGAAGGCCAUUCAUUUUUGUUGGAUCUCUGAUGAUCUCAGUUGCUGUGAUAAUAAUUGGGUUUUCUGCAGACAUUGGUUACCUUUUGGGAGAUACAAAAGAACACUGCAGCACAUUUAAAGGUACUCGCUCGAGGGCAGCUAUUAUCUUCAUAAUCGGGUUUUGGAUGCUGGACCUUGCAAACAACACAGUGCAGGGUCCAGCUCGAGCUCUCCUGGCCGAUUUAUCUGGUCCUGAUCAAAGAAACUCAGCAAAUGCUAUAUUUUGCUCCUGGAUGGCAGUUGGGAACAUUCUUGGAUUUUCUGCUGGGGCUAGUGGAAAUUGGCACAGAUGGUUUCCAUUUUUGACGAAUAGAGCUUGUUGUGAACCAUGUGGGAAUCUGAAAGCAGCAUUUUUGGUCGCAGUGGUGUUCCUGACACUUUGCACGCUUGUGACUCUCUACUUUGCAAAGGAAGUUCCAUUGGUACCAAAGCAACAUCACCGUCCAUCAGACUCUGCUCCUCUUUUGAAUGAUCCUGAAGAAAACGGUUCUGACAUUUUAAAAUCAAAAACUGAUACCAAGUCAAUGGAUAAUAGCCCUGGGAGUAAGGCUGUUCGGGAUUAUGCAAUGGAUAACAAUUUUAGGAACCAAGGGCUAAAAGAUGGGGAGGAUCACGAUGAAAAUUUCAAUGAUAGUCCUAGUGCAGUUUUGGUCAAUUUACUGACUAGCUUACGCCAUUUACCUCCAGCAAUGCAUUCAGUCCUAAUAGUCAUGGCAUUGACUUGGACGUCCUGGUUUCCUUUUUUUCUCUUUGACACGGAUUGGAUGGGGAGAGAAGUUUUUCAUGGGGACCCAAAGGGAGACGUCUCUGAAGUUCAAGCUUAUAAUGAAGGUGUCAGAGAAGGUGCAUUCGGUUUAAUAUUGAAUUCCGUUGUUCUUGGCAUUAGCUCCUUCUUUAUUGAGCCAAUGUGUCAGUGGAUGGGAGCAAGAUUAGUUUGGGCUGCGAGCAAUUUUAUCGUGUUUGCCUGCAUGGCAGGCACUGCUCUUAUUGGUUUUGUAUCUGUGAGACAAUCCUCAGAAGGGGUUCAACAUGUCAUUGGGGCAAAUGGAGCUACUAAGAUUGCCUCUUUAGUUGUUUUUGCCCUUCUUGGUCUUCCUCUUUCUGUCACGUACAGUGUGCCUUUCUCUGUUACUGCCGAGUUGACUGCUGAUUCAGGAGGCGGCCAAGGGCUGGCUAUCGGAGUACUAAAUCUUGCUAUAGUCUUACCUCAGAUGAUUGUGUCCCUUGGUGCGGGUCCGUGGGACCAAUUAUUUGGUGGUGGAAAUAUACCGGCUUUUGUCCUGGCAUCAGUAUCUGCCAUGGCAGCUGGUGUCAUUGCAAUUAACAGGCUUCCAACUCUUGAUAGCAGUUCCUACAAGUCAACAGGCUUCCACUUUGGUUGAUCAAAUAUUCUUGGACGAGACAAUUAGCUCUUGUAUAUGACACUGCUAGCCAGAUAGACCAGUAUCGAGCGCACAAAUCUUCGGAGUUUACUCGUAUCAUUUCUCUUCAGGGAGACGAGUAUUCCACACCCAAGUUUUAUUCAUUUUUUUACCCCAGUGGGCAAUUCUAGUGCUAGUAUAUAUAUACACAUUACUACUGUAAGAAGCAUAUAAACCAGGAAAAAAAGCAUAGAUAUGAUAUAGCUUAAAGCCAUCCUGGGAUAUCUUGUAAUUCUUUUAUUUGAUAUAUAGCAGAGCUGACAUUUUCAAUCAUACGUCACUGAUAGUUUUCGAACAUUACAGGGGUGUAAUAGAAAUGAGUUUGAAUAGUAUGUAGACAUCGAAGACCCCAUGCUUUCGAAUGUUAAGAAAUUUUGUUA